AUGAAACGUAAAUUACAAGUUCCAAAUUCCGCUUUGGGAGAUUAUUCAGCUCUGUUGAAACAUUUAGUGGACGACGUCACGUCAGAUUUAGAAAAAGUAUGGACACUUUAUCUUUGGGUUGUUAGUCAUAAUUUCAGCGAUCCGUCACACGGUAAAUACCCUGCCGGAGAUACACCAAAGGGAUAUCUCAGAUGGAUUCACGACGGAGAAGGAGAUGUUGCAUCCUUCUUUGCUAUUCUAUGCAGACGUGCAAGUAUAAAAUGUGUGAUAAUUGAUGGAAUAAGUAAAGGAGGAGACUACGAAGUAGGUCUGUCGGAACAAGAAUUAGAGAAAAUGAGAGAUCGAUGGAACGCUGUGUACAUAGAUAGAAACUGGAGAUUUGUUCAUCCCUCUUGGGGAUCAAAAGCAUCGGACAAGAUUCGAAAUUAUUUUUUCUUGCCGGAACCAGAAGAGUUUAACACAUGGUGUCGCCCUGAUGACAGACAGUGGCAACUCCUGACGACAAUGGUUACCAUGUCAGAGUUUGCAACUUUCCCAUACUGUACUGCAGAAUUUUUUAUGAUGAAUAUGAAAGUUCUUUCCCCUAAAACCGGAAAGGUUCGAGCUAGAAACGGACAUGUUUUUGUUGAAAUUGCAACAACACGAAAUAUAGGGAAAACGGUUGUAGUCAAGUAUAACUUGAUAGGGAAAAAAUUACUCAAACCAAGGGUAGGCAUGAACGGGCAUGCAGGAGGGGAGUCAACACAAAGGGAAAUGGUUCCUAAAGAAGGGAUCAAUGGGUACGCAGGUGGGGAGUCAACACACAGGGGAUUAAUUACGAGCAGGCUUCAUGAGAUUGAGCAGGAAGGUGAAGAUAAAAAUGAAGAACUCAUAACUCCUUCUGCAUUUCCAACAGACCUCGAAACAUUUGUGUUUAUGUGGAGAAAAGACGCUCAUUUUAUGUUUAAUAUCCAGUUACCAGUAUCGGGUGUAUACCUUUUCUCUGUAGAGGCAGGGCAUAUCAAUCCUGAUUAUUCUGUGUCAGACACGGUGUUAGUCUCAGAAAUAAAAAUAUAUUGUUUUGAUAAUGUUCACGAGGAAGAUAUUGACUUGUUCCCUGACGUACCUGAGAUUGGAUGGGGCGUAACUCCACAUUGUUUGGUACGAGGUAUUCGCCCUAUUUCACAUGUAGACGGUGAAGUAUUUGUUCUUCCAGAUGCUGAUACAACUAUUAGAUUUGAACUUGAUCACGAAUACGAGUUUGAUGUUGAAAUGAUUGGUGCAAAUUUUGCUGAUGAUUUACAAAAAUACGUCAGUCAUGAUGUACAUAAUAAAUUAUUAACUAUCAAAGUUCGAAUCCCUGGAGAAGGACACUAUGGACUCAAAAUACACGCAAAGGGUGGUGAUGACGUGGACUUUGUCAAUGUGUGCAAUUAUUUUCUGGUUUUCAACAAGAUAUCAUCCAACAUUGAGAAAUUUCCUAAAAGAAUGCUGAGAGAAAAAUUGGAAAGAGCAACUGAUGGUGAUGAAAGGCAUAGGUUAAAGGAAGCGUUAGAUGACUUUAUACUCCACAAUGUACCUGAUAGAGGGGAAGUGAAGAAAGCUAAAGACAAAAUAGGCUUCUUCGAUGAUAAAAAGGCAUUAAGUGAUGCCAUCAAACGGAAAAAUCCAAAAUACCUACAGAAAUCAAUACAAGACGCUAAAAAAUCCAAAUUUACUGAAGAGUUAGAAGAUGACAUAAAACGAGCAGAACUAAUGUUAACUAAAUUGAAUAGAAUGGAAGGUUACCUACAUCCUAUCGCAAAGUUGCAGAAUUCUACCUUGGCAGAAAUACGGUGCUAUACAUGGCCACCUGAAGUAGUUAGGAAUGUACUCGCGGCAGUAUACGUAUUGUUAGGAGAGGACUAUGAAUAUCUUCAGGAUUGGGAUUACAUUCAAAGCUUACUAGCCAAAGUUGGAAAAGAGGGUUUGAAAAACAAAGUUUUAAAUCUUGAUAUGGAAACUGUUCCCCAGCGGCAAGUAGAUCUUGCUGAUAUCAUUAUUGAUCCACACAAACUAGAUGAGGCAAGAGAGGCCAGUACUGGAACGGCAGCAUUGUAUCAAUGGGUAAAUAAUAUAUGUACAGAGAAAAAAAGCCAACAGACAUCUGUUAAUUCCAGUAGUUAUGGGGACAACAAAAAUAGAAAAUUAAAAGUUAAAUACCCACAGAAGGAUACGGGUAAAUCUGGGCAAUAUGAUAGUGGAAAAUUUGGACAAUAUGGUUCUAUGAAAGGAAGGCAGUACGAAGUAACAUCAGGAGGGCAAAACGGCAAGGCAAAAAUGAAUAAUCUCGCCAAAGGAAAAGGAGGACAGUAUGAUAACAGACAUGAUACUAACAGAAAAUCCAACGACCGAAAGGACACAAAACAAGCGCACGAACCUAUAUCACCACAGCAUCGAUUUCAGAAGUCGGAUAAAAAAAGUAAUAAUAUCUUAGGAAUGAUUAUUGUAGACGAAAGGUCAUCAUCAAAAUCAAAAUCACCGAACAGCAAGGGUUCACCAACACAUAAGUCACCAUCAUCAAAGAAUGCUUCACCUAUGCAGAAAAAUAUUUCACCAGCACAGAGAUCUCUAGCCAGUAAAACCAUAUCACCAGCUAGUAAAAACGUUUCACCAGCUAGUAAAAAUGUUUCCCCAGCCAGUAAAAAUAUUUCUCCAGCCAGUAAAAACCUUUCCCCAGCACACAGAUCUCCUGCCAAUAAAUAUGUAUCACCGACAGAAAAAUCUCCUUCAAACAGAUCACCAAAUCAGAAAUCUCCAUCCCAAAAAUCACUAGCGGAAAAAUCACCAGCUGAAAAAUCACAGGGUAAUCGAUUCCACGUGAUCAAAUCGGACUCUCAGAAAUCACCACCUAUUGUACCACCAUCAGAUUCGCCACCUCAUCGAUCACCUCUACAACGACCUCCUCACGAUGAAGUCCUCACACCUAUAGGAUUAUCUCCAGUGCCUCAGUCGGAUGAAGAGACUUUCAACAACUUUUCGCCGAUUUCACCAAACGAGAAAUAAAAGAUAACCUAUAGAAUGUUUGAAACUCUACAUAUAACUACAGGCAGCAAAAGAAAAAUCCAAACUUUAUAAUUCGUAUACAUAAAACCAGCAUUAUCAAGUUUUAAGAGUUGGAGUCCACAAUUGAUCACAAUGCAACUCACUUGCCGAUUUCAUGAGGUUGUAACAUGCAACUAAACAUUGCUUGUCAUUAGUAUCAAACUUUUGAAUG